ACUAAGUGUGGAGAUAAAAUAGAUGAUAGCAAUGUAAGCUGAAGACCUUCAUAUAGGAAACGUCUUUAAUAAGUGAUUCAAUUCUCUUAAUCAUCGGAUUAUUAGUUUUUAAUGAAUUGUUGCUCCAAACCAUUGCUAACAAAAAAAAUAAAUAUCCUUUCUUAAAAUAUAUUAAUGACACUAUUAUAACUACAUCCAUAGGGUUAAUAAUAGGAUAUGCUUUAACUUUUUCUAAAUCCGGAAAACAGAUAAUGAU